UGGCCUGCCGCCACGCCUUCCCUCUCGCUUAAUUCCCCGAAGGCCUGGCAAAAAUAUUUGUUUCUGGCUGUGCCGCUUCACCUCUUUUUCCCCUUCUUCCUUUCCACGUCAAAUCAUCAAGGAUCGAUUAAAAGCUCCCUCAACUUCGACCAAACCCCCGUCAACCUUUCUAGGGCACGUAGCUACCCUUUCUGACUCCCCCUCAGCCCCAGAGUUCAAUCACACUCGUCCGCUCACCUCGGCUCCUCGUUUUUUACUUGGCGCCUUCACUCACGCACGACGAGUCAACAUCGCCUCCUGUCAACCGACACCCGACUCCAUCAAAUCAACUAUCAAUUAUCAGUCACCAUGUCUACCGUCGUGGAGAAAGUCACCGACGCUGCCUCCGCUGCCGUCGGGGAUUUGACAAACACUCUGGCCAAUACCUCUAUUGCCGGCAAGGGCGCCGAAGACAACUCGGCCAACAACGACGCUGUCCUUGCUAGCGCUGCCGAAGGUCGCCGCCUGUACAUCGGAAACCUGGCUUAUGCGACAACGGAGGGGGAGUUGAAGGACUUCUUCAAGGGCUACCUUGUCGAGUCUGUUUCAAUCCCGAAGAACCCUCGCACCGACCGCCCUGUCGGUUACGCCUUCGUCGACUUGUCGACUCCCAGCGAGGCCGAGCGCGCCAUCGCUGAGCUUUCGGGCAAGGAGAUUCUGGAGCGUAAGGUCUCCGUUCAGCUCGCUCGGAAGCCCGAGACCAGCGAGAAGGCGGAGGGUGCCAACGUCGAGGGUGGUGCCGAAGGCACUCGCCGUCGCCACUCUACCCGUGGUCGUGGCCGGGCUGGCCGCGGCCGUGGUGGACGUGCCCGCGGUGGCCGUGGCAGCGGUGAUGAGAAGAAGGAGGAGGGUGCCGCUGAGGCCGACGAUGUGGCCGCUGCAGCGGAGCCCGAGGCCCUCAAGGACGUCACUAACGAAGCCACUGGCGAAAAGGAGGGCAAGUCCGGCAAGGCCCAGGCUCGUCCCCGGGAGCGUCGGGAGCGCGGCCCCCCGGCCGACGGUAUCCCGUCCAAGACCAAGGUCAUGGUUGCUAACCUCCCGUAUGACCUGACCGAGGAGAAGCUCAAGGAGCUAUUCGAUGCCUACCAACCGCUAUCCGCCAAGAUCGCCCUGCGCCCGAUUCCCCGGUUCAUGAUCAAGAAGCUCCAGGCUCGCGGUGAGCCCCGCAAGGGCCGUGGCUUCGGCUUCGUCACCCUGGCGUCGGAGGAGCUGCAGCAGCAGGCCGUCGCGGAGAUGAACGGCAAGGAGAUCGAGGGCCGCGAGAUCGCUGUCAAGGUUGCCAUCGACAGCCCGGACAAGACGGAUGAUGAUUUCAAGACGACCGAGGCGGAGGACACGAACGGCGCCGAGCAGGUUGAGGCUGCCCCUGUUGUGGCCGCUGCCUAGAUGAUGAUGCUCCACUCUUGAUGAGCUCACUGCAUACAUCAAUGGAGAUGCGAAUGCACGCGCUUUUUCUAUUCGGCAAUCUCCCGUUCGUCUGUAUUACUUUUAGGCGCGUGCAUCUUCUUAACGACCGGAAAUGGGUGGAUGAAUAUUUUUUCCUUUUUUUUGCCAAUGGCUAGACGGGAUAUUUCACGAAAGCGAGAUCGGGG